AUGUCGACGCAGGAUCUCCAUUGGCUUCUUGUCCGCAAGUCGAACAGCUUCCUUGUGAAGCAAAAGGGCCUAGGCCGCGUGUUCUCGCGCGAGCCGGGUAACCUCGCCGCUUUCCACAGCUACAAGCACUCGGGUCUUGUGAACGACAAGUCUGUCGGCAUUGUGCCCGCUGAGAACCGUGGCGUCAUUGUGACGACGCGCAAGCAAAAGACGUCGCCCCGCGCUAUCCGUGGCGCCCGCGCCUCGACGACGAUCAAGGGUGGCUCUCGCCGCGUCGCUGGCGCCGUGGCCAACGUGGCCGCCAAGCACGGCUACCGUGCUGACCUGCGCAAGGACGCUGUGGCUCGCGCUACGGCCAUCGUCAACUCGCAGGUACGUAAGCAGCGCGUGCCCCGCACGCGCGCUCCUCGUGGCGCUGCUGCCCGCAAGCUCGCUGCCGAGCAGGCCUAA